AUGCAUCAGCGUGGGCGCUGUGAAUCGGGCUGUGAGGAGUUGGCGAUCGGCCCGCACGCCAUUCUGUCGUACGACCAUAAGAAGCUCGAAACCAUAAUAUGCUUAGUGCUCGAAUCUGUGAUAAAUAGAGACGUUGAGCGUAAUGCUGCCGGGCUCAAGGCUGGCGAGCCUUCAAGUUCAAGCAGCGCGAACAAAAUGCUCGAGGCUUGA